CACCCCACCCCGCCUCCCGCCGCGGGCCCAGGCGUCCGGCGCUGCCAUGGCCCGGGAGCGCCGCGGGCUGAGCCUGCCCCGCAUCCCCGAGCUGCGCCUCGCCGCCGGCCCCGACGACGAGGCCUUUCUGCCCGGCGCCGCCGCCGCCGCCUCGGCGCGGGGUCCCGGCUCGCCCGGCUUCUCCCCCGGCGGCUCCCCGACCUUCCUGCAGCGCCUCCGCCUCAACCGCAGCAUCCAGGAGCGACGCCGCCGCCGCCGCGGCAGCUUCGAGGCGGAGAAUGGCCCCUCGCCGGGUCGGAGCCCGCUGGAGCCGCAGGGCAGCCCGGGGCUGGUGCUGCACCCCCCGGCCCCCCCCGGGCAGCGGCGCGAGUCCUUCCUCUACCGCUCCGACAGCGACUACGACGCCUCCCCCAAGAGCGUCUCCCGCAACUCCUCCGUCGCCAGCGAGGCCCACGCCGAAGACCUGAUAGUCACGCCGUUCGCCCAGGUGCUGGCGAGUCUCCGCAGCGUCCGCAGCAACUUCUCCAUCCUGGCGAACGUCCCGGCCCCCCCGGGCAGCAGGCGGUCGCCCCUGGGGUCGCAGCCCCCCGUCUGCAAGGCCACGCUCUCAGAGGAGACCUACCAGCAGCUGGCGCGGGAGACGCUGGAGGAGCUCGACUGGUGCCUGGAGCAGCUGGAGACCAUCCAGACCCACCGCUCCGUCAGCGAGAUGGCCUCCAACAAGUUCAAGAGGAUGCUGAACCGGGAGCUGACCCACCUCUCCGAGAUGAGCCGCUCCGGCAACCAGGUCUCCGAGUACAUCUCCAGCACCUUCCUCGACAAGCAGAACGAGGUGGAGAUCCCGCCGCCCGCCCAGAGGGACCGCGAGCCGCAGCCGCAGCCGCAGCCGCCCAUGUGCCAGAUCAGCGGGGUGAAGAAGCUCACGCGCAGCUCCAGCCUCGGCAGCGCCGGCGUCCCUCGCUUCGGCGUCAAAACCGACCAGGAGGAGCUGCUCGGCAAGGAGCUCGACAGCCUCAACAAGUGGGGCCUCAACAUCUUCCGCGUCUCCGAAUACUCCAACAACCGCUCGCUCAGCUGCAUCAUGUACACGAUAUUCCAGGAGCGGGAGCUGGUGAAAACCUUCAAGAUCCCGGUGGACACGCUGCUGACCUACACCCUCACGCUGGAGGACCACUACCACGCCGACGUGGCCUACCACAACAGCCUGCACGCCGCCGACGUCAUGCAGUCCACCCACGUCCUGCUGUCCACGCCGGCCCUCGACGCCGUCUUCACCGACCUGGAGAUCCUGGCGGCCCUCUUCGCGGCGGCCAUCCACGACGUGGACCACCCCGGCGUCUCCAACCAGUUCCUCAUCAACACCAACUCGGAGCUGGCGCUGAUGUACAACGACGAGUCGGUGCUGGAGAACCACCACCUGGCCGUGGGCUUCAAGCUGCUGCAGGAGGAGAACUGCGACAUCUUCCAGAACCUCAGCAAGCGCCAGCGCCAGACCCUCCGCAAGAUGGUCAUCGACAUGGUGCUGGCCACGGACAUGUCCAAGCACAUGAGCCUCCUGGCCGACCUCAAGACGAUGGUGGAGACCAAGAAGGUGACGAGCUCCGGGGUGCUGCUGCUGGACAACUACACGGACAGGAUACAGGUGCUGCGUAACAUGGUGCACUGCGCCGACCUGAGCAACCCCACGAAGCCGCUGGAGCUGUACCGGCAGUGGACGGAGCGCAUCAUGGAGGAGUUCUUCCGGCAGGGCGACCGGGAGCGGGAGCGCGGCAUGGAGAUCAGCCCCAUGUGCGACAAGCACACCGCCUCCGUGGAGAAGUCCCAGGUGGGCUUCAUCGACUACAUCGUGCACCCGCUGUGGGAGACCUGGGCCGACCUGGUGCACCCGGACGCCCAGGAGAUCCUGGACGCGCUGGAGGACAACCGGGACUGGUACCACAGCAUGGCCCCCCAGAGCCCCUCGCCCCCCCCCGGCGCCGGGCCGCCCCCCCGGCCCGGCCCCCACCGCUUCCGCUUCGAGCUGACGCUGGAGGAGGAGGCGGGCGGCGGCCCCCGGCCCCCCCCCGCCGGGGACCACCACCACCGCGAGGAGGACGAGGAGGAUGAAGGACACAACGGACUCGCGGGGGACCACGUGGCGGGGGGGUGGUGACCUCCCCCCGACGUGGUUUUGGGGCCGGGGGGGGGACACAGGACUGACCCCCCCCACUGCCACGUGCACCACCGACCCCCCCCCCCCGCAGCAGAACUCAGAGUUAUUUUAUUUUUAUUUUAUUUUAAUUA